AUGAAGUAUGUAGAAAUAUGCCAGGAAGCCAUUUUUCUCGCUGUGACAUAUAUCUCCUUACUUCAAGCAGAUUACGCUCCUUACUUCUAUGACAAUGCACCAAACAGCACCAAUGGGAACAUGGCUAUGUUGAGCAUUCCUGAAGAUACACCUAUAGGAUCACAUCUGUACACUUUAAAUGGCACAGAUCCAGAGGGAAAUUCAGUCACUUAUGACAUGACCUUUGAACCUGGAACAAAACACUAUUUUGCAGUGGAACCUCAAACAGGAAAUGUCACUUUGCUGGAGGAGCUGGACAGAGAGAAAGAAGAUGAGAUUGAAGUACUUGUCGGUAUUUCUGACAGUGUGAAUAAAGUUGUCGAGAAGGUUCAAAUACUUGUAACAGAUGCCAAUGAUGAGUGCCCAGUGUUCAUUAAUACACCUUAUAUCAUUAAUGUCCCUGAGGACACCCCUUCAGGGACCAGCAUAUUCAAGGUGUAUGCAGUGGACAAAGACACUGGAUCUGGAGGCAGCGUCACUUAUUUUCUGCAGAAUACGCGUAAGAACAAGUUUUCGAUAGACCGAUACAGUGGGGUCCUUCGCCUAAAAUCAAGCGUAAAUUUGGAUUUUGAGAGGUCCACAGGCCACUUUGUUACUGUCACAGCCAAGGACGGAGGUGGAAAGUUGAGGGGAAAGCAUCGAAUUUGCUCUUCCUCAACCACUGUAACGAUCAAUGUUUUGGAUAUUCAGGACACUCCUCCCAUGUUUUCUGGCACACCGUAUUUUGGAUUUGUAUAUGAAGAUACCGAACCUGGUUCAGAAAUAUUUAAUGUGAUCGCCUAUGACGGAGACCGUGGGAACCCCAAUCUAAUCCAUUACACUAUUGCACAUGGAAAUGAUGGAUCUUUUGAUAUUAAUAGCACAACUGGAGCUAUUACACUUCUUCAAGCCACAGAGCUUCUUCAGAAGGACAUUUAUAAACUUCUAAUUCAGGCAAAUGAUGCUGACUCAGAAAUUUGGGGAGAUGUGAAGUAUUCUAUAUAUGGAACAGGAGCUGAUCUAUUUCUGAUUCACCCAUCUACAGGGAUUAUAUACACUCAGCCCUGGGCUGUGCUGGAUGCUGAGGUACAAUCUAGAUACAAUUUUAACGUCAAAGCGGCUGAUGUGGAAGGAAAGCAUAGCUUGGCUGAGGUCUUUGUAACAGUCCUAGAUGUCAAUGAUCACUACCCAGAAUUUAAUGAGGAUAUUUUGGAGAAGGUCAUGAUAAUUGGAUUGCCUGUGAAAGUUGAGGCCAAAGAUGAAGAUGCAGAAGAACCAAAUAAUAUUGUAGAUUACUCAAUAACGCAAGCAGAUCCUGCAAAUGUCUUUGACAUUGAUCAAGCCACAGGGGAAAUUGUUCUGAAGUCCUAUAUUAAAUCUCUGGAGGUCAUUCACAACAUCACCAGAAACAAAGACUGUCAGUGGUCACUAGUGGUGCAAGCUAAGGACAGAGGCUCCCCUUCGUUCAGCACAACAGCGGUUGUGAGGAUCGACAUUACAGAGGAGACUUCAGGCAAAGGGCACAUGGCAGACUUUUUGUUGCAAUCUAAAGAUAAUCCUAUGAAAAUCCUAGGAGUGCUAGCUGGCAUAGUUUGUUUUUUUGUGAUGUUUACAAUCUUAAUUUCGACAAUCAUGUUUUGGCGAAACAAGAAGUCCAAUAGAGUUGGCCCGGUGAGGCGUAUCAUAAAGAAAAGGCCAUACCAUAGAUCAAAGACUCGCAGAUCUAAAUGGUUCCAAAAUAAGAAAUCAGGCAAAAGAAACAUUGGUUUCACGGUCUCUGAAGCCAACCACAAUUUGCAAGAUGGGAGCGCUCGAUGUAACUGCCCACCACUUCCUUUGCCAUGUGCACCUUUGCUUCCUCCUCAACCUUUUAUGCUCCCGACCAGUCUCAACAAGCCAGACUGGGUACUGCCUACGGUGUCGGGAUCGCUCAGCUCCAAGGUGUCCCAUAUCCCUCAACAGUCAAAAUGCAAGGUAUCGAACAUCAACAGUGCCCUGGUAUCAGAGCUUAAACAGCGAUUCGAACAGAGAAAGAAUGAAGAUGCUUCUAAGCUAUAUUUAUGA